UGAUUCAUGGAUGGAUAUUUUGUAAGAUAGACCCUUGUGGUAGUACGAAAUCUGGAUUCUAAAUAAAAGGGCGAUUUAUUCGUCUCGGGUCUGGGAAUCGGAAACAAAGACAAUGAUUUCGUGCCAUGGGGCUUUAAAAGCAUCUCAUAUGCUGACGAUGAGGCUUCCCAUAAAAUUUCUACCUUUACAGUAUAGCCUGAACUUCAGCUUUCGGCCACGGUGGUGGCGCAGCCUCAUGAUGGUCUCGUGGGGGCCGUGUUAUUGCAGGUCCGUACAGGCUAUAGUGCAGAUAAAGCUCCACCUACGAACUGGCGCUCAUAAUAAGCAGCAUCACAAGCAGCAGGCUGAUGAGCUCACUAAAUGCCGUUUUGCCAAAAUUCCUUUUUCAUCUCUGGGAGCCUGGGGACUUAGCUCAAGCAAAUGCAGUGCGCAAGCACCGUUGAAACGGUCAGGAUACAUACACAUGGUGUCGAGCAAGCCGAAAACGAAAACGGCCUGGAGCGAUGCCCAUGUGUUCGAUUGCAGCCGUUUCACAUACACUCCAGAACGCGAGGAGGAGGUAUGAACCGCUUUUCACAUGCGCCCUAUUGUUGGGCAACGUUUAUCUGCACAACUUGUGCAUAAAUAGGAUUCCGAAGUCCGCUAUCUGCCACUAGGCUGAGUAGCACAUGAUUAAGUUGAUGCCCCUACUUCGCAGACCGGAUCUUGCUUGCGCCAUGUAAAGAGGAAAUCGUGGAAGUCUCUCAUGGGUAUCGAAUUCUAC